CCUGCCCGCUUUACGCAUGCGCACCCGGAUGUUUUAGUUGUUCACGAAAAUCGAAGCAUUUUCUGAGAAAACUAAACUAUUUUCUGUUAAUUGCACCUUUAAAGAGUUUGACAGCUCUUGCAUUUUAAAAUUCUUAUUGUUUUCUUGUAGUGAUCAUGAUAUAUUUAGAUGAGGUGUCAUGUAUAUGUAUACAAUGCGGACUAAAACUGGUGUUCCGUGCUACCCCACCCACCACCCAUGCCUGACAUUUUGGGUGGGUGAGAAGUGAAACGCGUUGAACAUCAUUAACAUUUUACAAAUUAUUCUUGUCCUAAGUGUUUUGGAACUUUUUAAGUAGGAAAUUUCUACAUGUUACUGUAAUUAAUUGAUUUUUAUAUGAAGACUUGGUUAUGAAAACACCUAUAAAAGCAUAUAAUUUAAAACCACUAUUGAAAUGCAGACUUAAUGGCAGUGUGGUUGUCAGUUUAACCAAAUUGCUUUAGUGUUUCAACAAUGAGCGAAGACAAUCCGCCUCCAUUGCCUCCUAGAUCUAUCAUAAGACAGCAUAUACCUGGACACAGUGACCAUGCUUCAGCCGCAUUGCAACAGCAAGACCUGCAACUGUGGCAGCAUGUGUCUCUUUCACAGCCUCAACAAGCUGCAGGGGUUCAAGCUAUGCCAGUCGGAAUGGGGUUCAACAGUCGACCUCAGCAGCAGAUAUGGCCUGAUCAUUCAUCUGCCUUUUCUCAAAGAGGUUGGCAACCAUUUCCACAAUCACAUACACAGCAGAGUCCUCAAGAGUCGCAGGAUUUAAAUCCUCAAGUUGUAAGAUCUCAGCAACAGAGCUGGCCUAGUGAUAUGAACCAGCUUCAGCAACUGCAACAGUUACAAAACAUUAUUUGGCUGCAACAGCAGCAGCAACAGCAAAUUCAGCUGCAGCAGCAUCAGUCCGCAGAGCCGAAUAUUCACCAUCUUGAUCCAAUUGGACAUGGACAUCGUGAUGAUCAGGCUCAUGAAAAAUUCACUAAAUCACCUUCACCACAAAUUGAAGAGAACAGGAACUCUCCAGCUGUAGGCAGGCAAUUUAUGCAUAAUGUAACUAGUCCACAACAGCAAUUGUGGCAGCAGCAUCCUCAAGUAAUGCAUCAGUAUGAUAUGCAGCAUGGAGAGCCACAACAUUCACAGGCUUUUCAACACACCCCAGUCUCUCAUCAUCAACCACUCUUUGCUCAGCAACAAUAUGUGCAGCCAGCUGUUUGGCAACAUCCUUCACCCUAUAGCCAAGUACAGAUGCAGCAUUUAAGACAAAGUACACCACCAAUACAGCAACAUGUCUUGUGGCAUCAGCAGCAGCAACAACAACUUCACCAGCACCAGCUUCAGCAACAACAACAACAGCAACAUCAUCACCAUCCUGUAGAGCCACCACCUCCAUAUUCACCUCCAACAAAUAGUUUCUUAGAAAAGUCUCCUAUGAAAAAAGAUAUUGAAGCAAGAAAUGAAAAUGUUAGCCUGUUUAAUAAUAAUCGUCUACCUACUGAUCCAGUAGUAAGUAGGAAUGAUGCUAUGAGUAAAACAGAAACUACUGUAUCUACAGUGAAUACUGUAGGAAUCACUCCAUCGGCACCACCACUAUCUAUUACCAAUCAACAUGUGAGUGAACCAGCUAAGCAGAUAAGAAUACUUAGUAAAUCCAAUCAAAUUAACGAGGAGAAAAAUAAUUUCACAGUGCCAUCACAGAGAAUACAAGAUACAGAAUUUCCCAAUGUUUCUUCCGUUCAGCAAGUAACAUCUCAACCAUUGACUCAAAGACCAAUCCAAGGAGUAGCAGCUAAUACUAAUGUUUCAAAGCCUCAGAGUUUCAAUCCAAAUCCUAAUAUAAAUCCAUAUCAAAAUUUGAAUCCUCAUAAUGUAAUGAAUAAAAACCUUCAGGGAUUGUAUGGGAGUCAGAAUGCUAGGUACUCUGCUCCAUUUAAAGAUGGAGGCUAUGGUCAGGGUCCAAACAUGCAACAAUUCAGACCAAGAUCACCUGGCUCAAUUAUGAGAAAUCAAACCCCAAACUCAGCAUUAGCAAACAACGCUUUCCAGAGAAACUCACAUGCACCAGCAUCCAAUUUUCAUCGUGUUGAGAAUAUUGAAGUGAACUUAUUUGUACAAGGAUUAAAUCCACGCACUAGGGCAGAGAGUAUACAGAAUUAUUUUGAAGCCAUUGGUCGACCAGCAGUUGUCAAAGAUGGCAUACUGUUCAAUAUGGAACACACCGAAGCUCUUGUCAUUUUUCAGCAAAAACCUGAUAUGCCUAAGCUAAGACAAACUGUUAAAGCUAGGAAGUUAGAUGGAUUUAGCCUGGAGAUUUGUGAAGUCCCACCACCAAGAGGUAUUGUAGUUAGUAGUGAUGGUCAUAUACGUAGCAGAGAGGCACUAAUUUAUUAUUUUGAGCGCGAGUCUAUAGGUGGUGGUCCUUUGAAGAAAAAUGGAGAUGUGGAAACUGAGGAUGGUUGCUGCUUGCUGGAGUUUGAAGAUUUUAGAGUUGUACAGCGUUUGUGCUCUGGACAAAGACAGCAUCGUGUAGAUGGAAUGAAUCUCCGUGUAUCACCGUACUAUCAAUGUGACAAUGGUGCUAUAUGGGAUAUGAACAUGCACAUUGUCCCUAUACCAAAACCUGUCAAUAUACAAAUUCUUCCAGAUCAGCUAGAAUUUGUUAAAAAACAUUGUCAACCUCAGUUCACAGCACGUCUACGUGAUAAAUAUGCUGAUAUGUCAUUUUCCAAAGAUCAUGUAACAGUAAAAUGUACAUUACGACAAAACAUGCCAAAUUACCGAACUUUGGUUCGAGGCUGGGAAACUGGUGUACAAGAGGCUGUGGCUAAAUUCCUUGCUGGAAAUAUAGAUCAGGCAGAUAUUGGUGUUCCUGAAAUGAUCUGGGAUAAACUGAUGGAAUUUCUCAAUUCAGGGAGACCAGAAUUCAAGGACCUGUUGAUGAAACCAGAUCGAGAACGAAGGUCAAUUAAAGUAGUAGGAUACAAGGUGAAUGUGAAACUAGCCAAUCAGGUGCUUAGUGACAAAGUAGAAACACUUUCACGAGAAGCUAGACGCAAGACAGAGACAAGAAAAGUGAAGUCAAUAGAAAAAUUGGUAGUACUGGAGAUUCAGGGAACGUUUAGUGCAAUAUGUAAGAAGUAUGGGGACAUGAAGAUACAUGUAGAUGGAAAUGAGGUUAUAGUGGAAGGUGAUCCGGCAGAUAUUCCUAACGCAUUCAUGGAAAUGUACUCCGAGUGUGAUCAAAUUGAACCUGUUGAAUUUAAACAUUCAAAAACGAGGGAAUGGGUACAAUUUGCCAAGAAGGAACCUUCAAUCAAGCAUAUUCAGAAGAAAAUGGAUCAGAAAGGUUUACAGGGAAGUUGGGAAAUUACUGGAACUUUGAUCAAUGUUUUUGUUGCAAAAGAUGGAAAUAGUAAUGGUAUAAAAGACAUUAUUCUUGAGUCAGUUUUAGAAGAAUCAAUACAGGUAGAUAGAACUUCCACAGACUUGUUGAACUCAGAAGUAUGGGGAGAUUUCCUUUUAGACAAUAGAAGAAAGUUUAAAGAUAAGAUAGAAGUGUUCACGAAAAAACAGCAGAUUGUGGUGGUAGUUGGAACAGAUGAUGUUGUUCCUCAUAUUGUAAAACUGUUGAAGGAGUUCCUUGAUUCAAAAACUGUAAAGACAGUGACAGUGCAUUGUGAGCAAGUUGUAGCAGACUUUAUAUCAGAGUGCUGGACAGAAAGUGACUUCGCAGAGAUACAAAACAAUGAUGUGGUUAUCAAAACAAAAGCCAAUGGUAUAGAACUGACUGGUUUAUCUGAGAACCUGAUCAAAGGGAAACAAAAAUUGGACUUGAAGUUAAAACGUAUGUGUAGUAAAAGACAUACACUUAAAAGGACAGGAAUUCAUUCUGUUUUGGAAGCUUCCAAACACUCUGGAACAAUAAGUGCCAUUGAGAAGGAGAAUAAAUGUAUAAUCAAGCUUCCUCAAGAGAUUGAUGAAAGCGUUUCAGUGAUGCUGAGUGAUUUUGAGGUGAUUGAGCCAGAAAUGUUAGAUGAUAGCACACAGUCAUCAUCGAGUUCAGCAUCAGCUCCGAAAUAUUUCCAGACAAAGAAACAUAAAAUUAAGGUCCACCUGGUACAUGGAGAAAUAGGACAUCAAAAGGCUGAUAUAAUAGUGGCGAGUGCAGCCAGUAGCCUGAACCUUAGGAGUGGCUCAGCAUCGUACUCCCUGGUGAAACAGGGCGGAGCUCAGCUACAGACUGACUGUAAUAGACUGUACCCUAAUGGCAUUCAAGAUGGUGAAGUAGCUGUUAUUGACUCAGGAAAUCUUAACUGUGAUAAAGUUUAUCUCACCUCACUACCAUCAUGGAAAGAAGCUGGAAGCAAUGGGGGGAAGGUAUUCAGGAAUGCUAUGAGGGAAUGUUUACGACUGGCAGACCUUCAUUCUAAGAAAACUCUUGCCAUUAGUACCAUGGGAACAGGUGGUUACCUAGGUUACCCGCGUGAUGUAGUUGCUAGUAUAAUGUAUGGGGCUAUUGUUGAGUUUGAUAGCUGUUAUAGAAGGACCAGUUUGAAGGACAUAUCAAUUAUUCUGUACACUAAGGAUACAGAGACAGUGAAAGCAUUUGAAGAGCAUGAACAUAUGAGGGUAUAUGGCAGUGCAAGUCUUGGUGUACUUACUACAGAUUUCUUGGGUGGAAGGAUAAAAAUAGAACUAGUCACAGAUGAUCUGUCCAUACAGAAGGUUGAUGCUUUAUUAUGUAGUGUAUCAUCAGAUAUGAACCUCACUAGGAGUGCUAUAUGUAAAUCAUUAGUUCAAAAUGGUGGAACAAAAUUACAGGAUGAAUGUAAAACAAAGCAUGGUAAUGAGUUGUCAGUAGGCAAGGUUGUGGAUAUAUCAGGAGGAAAACUACCAUGUAAAACUGUCUACUUAACUGUCCUACCUACAUAUACUGAGAGUAGUUCUGCUGAACAGAGUUUGAUCAACACGCUGCAGACAGUGUUCCAGUUAGCAAAUUUGAAGGGUUACAAGUCUCUAGCAAUGCCUGCACUUGGUACUGGUUACCUCAAUUACCCUAAAACAACUGCAGCUAAAUGUAUGUAUGAUGCAGCAUUAGACUGGGCGUCGAAGAACAACAAGGCUUCCCUCAAGAUGAUCAGAUUUGUCAUGUACAGUAAAGAUACAGAAGCUCAGCAGGCAUACAGAAUGUGUCACUUAAAGUGUCAGGGUAGAGAAGUCAGGUCCAAUAGAAAGUUUGUAGGAGAUGGAACUGUUGUAGUAAAACCUGAUGAUAAUGCUAGAUACAAGAUGAUUAAAGAUGGUUGUGUAAUAGGUCCUAUACAGUUAAAUGUUCAAGUAGGGGACUUGCUCAAUAAUAAAGCUGAUGCUAUAGUGAAUGGAGUUGGUGCUAACUUUGAUAUGAAAGGUGCUAUUGCUCAAGAAUUAGCAAAGAGAUGUCCAAAUAUUCUUCCUGAGUGCCAACAGAAAAAGGCAGAGUUGAAGAAAGAUGGUGUAGUAACAACAAGCAGUGCUGGUCUCCAGGCAACAUAUGUAAUACAUGUACAGUUCCAGGACACAUUGGCUGGCUGGAGAAAUAAAAUGGUUAAUUGUCUCGAGGAAGCUAACAGAAAACUCAUCAAAUCUGUCGCUUUCCCUCUACUUGGUGCUGGAGUAGGACCAAAGAGUUUUCAAGCAGACGGUAUUGCUGAGUGUCUAUUUGCUGCUAUAGAUGAUUUUUGUGGUCAGAAUACGAAAAGUUCAGUGACAGAUGUACAUUUGGUGGUUCAUGAUAGUAAUAUAUCAUGUAAACCGUCCAUUAUGUCGGUGUUACAGAGUAAAACAACCGCUGCUGCAUCAUCAUCAAAAUCUCCCCUCAAAAAGUUACUAGGUAAUGUUGCAGAGAAACUUGGCUUGAACUCGAAGCCGGACAAUGAGAAACCUGUUCGUAACACAGGGAAGGAUUCUUCGGUUGUUGUUGUUGUACAUUCUGAUGCCAUUAUCAAUAUAGAUCGGUGUAUUAAAGCUCUAGAUGACAGAAUAGGGCUAGAGUAUACCAAAAAAACAAUAGAUGCUGAUACAGAAGUCAUGAAGAAACUCUCUGAUAAGGAGAUUGACAAUAUUGUGGAUGCAAAUAUCAUAGUUGAUGUAAAAUUUGAUAAAAAGGCUGGAAAAUUCAGUAUCAGUGGUCCAUCAAGAAACGUACUUGCUGCUAUAGAUUGUAUACAUAAUAAAAUGAGGCAGUUAAUGCGUGAGGAGAACAACAAAAGUUCAGCGGAGGCGUUAUAUAACCAGAUACAGUGGCACUGGCUAAAAGAGGACCAGACUGCCACAGAUUCCAGGGAAAUACCAUAUGAUAUACAACCUAAUUAUGUCAUUGAAAGUGCAUAUAAGGAGGGUAAAACAAAUGUAGAGCUAAUGGCCAUAGGUGGGAGAAUGUAUAUAAUAGAUUUCCACAAACUUAUUGAAUAUCCCAAAUAUAACAUAGGUGACACUGUGAAAGUGAUCAGAAAAGAUAUCUUGAAAGGAGGUCAGGCUACGCUGCCCAGUAUUUGGAUGUCCAUGAGUAACAAUGAAUAUGUGAAACGUGUUACUUUAAACAGUGGAGCUGAAUAUCAACGAGUAGAGAAACUCUUCACUGGACAAGUUAGAAAUGGUCUGUACUCAAGGAAAGUGAAAAAUAGUAGUGGUGUACAAGUUUUAAAGAUUGAGAGAAUUCAGAAUCGUACACUGUACCAGCAGUAUGCUGCCAAGAAGAAGGCAAUAGAGCAACAAAAAUCUGGAAUUAAAUCAAUAGAACGUCAGUUAUGGCAUGGUACCAUGGAAACAAAUAUUCCCAGUAUUAUAAACAAUGGUUUCAACAGAAGUUAUUGCGGAGUCAAUGGUGUGUUGUAUGGACAGGGUGUUUACUUUGCUGCAGAUGCCUCGUACUCCGCCCAGUCCUACCUAACAGGCCAUAAACCAGGUCAAAAACGCUACAUGUUCCUAGUGAAAGCUCUUACUGGAGAGUUAGUUAAAGGCAAUGCUAGUAUGAGAGUAUUGCCCCCUGUGAAAACAUCACAACCAACAAUACUCUAUGAUUGUGCGGUUGAUGACAUUAAUAAUCCAAUGGAGUUUGUGAUAUUUCAUGAUACCCAGGCAUAUCCAGAAUAUCUAAUUACAUACACAUCAUAGCUUGUUUAUAUUCUGUUUACAAGCAUCAUUCACACACAAAACUGGUCAUACAUUACACAUCAGUGGUCAUCUUUAUACAGUCUCAGCAUAAUAGUGCAACAAACAUACAUCAUAGUCACACACAAGUUAAAUACACACAUGAAAACUUCAAACACUGUCAUAUCAUAUAUAAAUAUUACAUCCAACAAUUAGUCAGAGUCUGUUGAACUAGUAUGUUUCAUGAUUUUGUACAUUGUAUUAUAGUGUCACAAAAAUUUUGACUUGUAUAUGUAAACAGUUUGUUUUGCAUGAUUGUUACAUGUUCAUGAAUAGUCACUUUUAGAAUUAGUACUGAGUAUUUGCACUAUUAUUUCUCUAUAUUUACUCUAGCACACAAAAUGCACUAUGUCAUAUGUAACUACCUGACAAAAAAUUGUAAAUAAGAAAUGUUUGUAUUAUAAGUAUUUAUCUAGUCUCAAGUUAUAGUCUACUCUGUCAUUGUAAUGAUAUAUGUUAUAGUAAACAAAUCAUGUCAGGAUGUGACACUCUCUUCUAUACUUUGUUAGUCUGUGACAUAUUUAUGUUCUGUGACAUUGUCAGUAUGUGACAUUGUCAGAUAGUGUGUGACUUUGUCAGAUAGUUUGUUACAUUGUUAAAUAAUAUGUGACAUUGUCAGAUAGUAUGUGACAUUGUUUGAUUGGUUUGUCAUGUUGUGAAAGAGUGAUCAGAGAUUGUUUCCGUGGCGAAGUGGUUAAGGUUGUCAACUUCAAAUUACUUGCCUGUCACUGCUGUGGGUUAGAUUCCAUUUUGGCCUUUGGGUUCUUAUCUGUGACAUUGUUUUAAUGUCAUAUCAUAAUGAUGUGACUAAUGUGGUAUCAUAAUGAUGUGACAUCUUUACUAGCAUGUCACAAUGCCAACAUGACAUAGCAAUAUUGUCAUUUGUGUCACAUUCUGACAUAAAUAUUGUCAUAUGACUGUGUCACAUCACACCUGGGUGUGACAGAGUUUUACACGGUCUUUGCAGAUUUGAAAACACUUCCUAAUUUGUUAUGUGAUACAUAAUAUUGUUAUAUGACACUGUGUGUUUGACUUUAUUAUAUUGUAUAGUAAAUAUCAAUAUUGAAGGAUGUUGUAAAUAAUGGUGUGAAAAUUAGGAAUCUUAAUGAAAUUUACAGGUAGUUUUGUAAAUAGAUGUGAAGAUUUUGUUACUCAGAAUAUGUUAGUUAGAAUAUGGCAUAUGAAAUAUUCCAUGUGACUUGGUGUAUUUAAUACACUUUAUUGUAAAUAAUUACACAUUGUGCAAAAUAGAGUUAGUACAAAAAAAAUGUAAAAAAUGACUAUAGUUUUUACAAGAAUUCCUUGAUAGAAACUUUGUAAAGAUUGUGUAUUAACUACCAUGUGUUCCAUAUGAUGUAUGUAUAGAAAAGUUAUGUUUUAAAAUAUCUGAAAUGAAGUGAUUCUGGUCACUUUGCUGAUAUAAAAAUAAAUGUGCUUGUUUUGGUGGAGAUAUAAAUGAAAAUUGUGUUAAUGGAUGCUGAAGAGGAGGCGGACAUUCAAAACAUUCUCACAUAAUACAACAUGUAGAGAAAUCUUAAAUAUUUUUGCUGUGUAUUCAAGAUUUUUAGAUAUGUUGUUGUGGUAUUUAGGUGUUACUAAAUAUAGCUAUUAAGUCAAUGAUAAGUGAAUAUAGUUCAGGUGACAGUAUUAGUGACUUUAAGGGAAUAGUGAUUAAGGAGAUUUUAAGGUGAAUAUACUGAAAUGGAAAAUGGAAGAAAAUAUGCAUAAUGAAAAUGCAGAGCUGUCAAAUUUUUAUCCAAAUUGUGUUAAUCAGAUUUCUGAGAGGGGAAAUGUGUUUCGUGACCCUUGCAGGAUUUUACUGGUUUUGUGAAAACUUGAGAAAAUAUAUUUUGUGAACUUGAAAUGAAUUUGAGAUUUUUCAUCACAAAGACAAUUAUGUUAAGAUUGUGCGCUAAAUUAAUGUUAACAAAGUUAUUGUAGAACUGUCUAUACAGUUUCAUGUCAUUAUUUUUAUGUAUUGUCUUCAAAUGUCAGAGUAAAUUUAAUUUUGAAAAAUUAAAAUUUUAUUCAGAUUUGUUUGGUCAGUAUUACAACUGAUUGAUAAUAAAAAUAUAGAAUAAAACAUGCAGAAAGCUAGAAAUUGUUAUGAAGAACAUUGUACAAAACUAAAACAUCAGUAAAAAUAUGUUUAAAUUUUGAAAUCUUAUGUUUCCUGAUAGAUUUCAUUCAAAUCAGAAUACCAUGACAUCCAGGGUAUUUCCAGCUUUGAUUAUUUUACCUCUAUACUUGUGCACUCCAAAGAUGUCUUUAUAAUAUGAAAAGAUAAAAAGUUUAUGAUUUUACUUGUUUGUGCUAGUCUUAACCCACAAACAUUCACUUUAGUGGUGGUGUUCCAGUCACAGGCAUACACAAUUCAUUUGGCUGUAAUUUGUAAGGUAUUGAAGUAUAUUGGAAAUUUGCAGUCUAUUUUCAAAUAUAUAAGCUAUGUAAAAUGACAGUAGUUUACAUAACCAAACAUUUAUGUUUCUAUUUAAAAGAUUAAUUGUUCAUAUAUUAACUUUAUUCUGACAAUUGAAGUAAUGUAAAACAGUCCGUCAGAAUGUAUUUAUCCGUGUGAUUUAGGCAAUAUUUGGUGGAGAAAAAAAGAUACAUGCACCAUUGUUAUUUGAGUGUACAAUGAUAGACAAUUUUAACUGAUGUAACUUGCUGGUGUAUCUUCUGUAAGUGUGAAGUGUCUACAAAUUUAGGAAAUCAGAGUUAUAAGCAAGUGCAUCUUAUUAAUGAUGGUUUAAUUUAUUCAUUAUAUCAGAGACAUAGAUUACAUCUAUGCUAUCUACAUAGCUGAUGAUGUCUAGGAAUGGAACACUAGAGCUCUAUAAAAUACAAGAUCUUUUUUAUUUAAAAAUGCAUGUUGCCUUAAAAUAAAGAGAAAUACAUUCUGACUGUACUUAUGUCUGGAAACAGCAUAUGUUUAUUUUCAGAGAUUUUUUGUCUUACUUUUUAUAGUGAAUAGAAAUGAGUAAGAAGAAGUGAAGUAUUUCUUAAUCCAAACAAUAUUAUCAAGAAAGAUAAAGAUUUCUGGAAAUAAAUAUAAGGUGUUCUACUGAGGUAAUUACCUCUUGAUGACAGAUGAAAAUAGUCUCAGAAUUAUGACAAUUAAUCAUACAGUGCAAUUAAUUAACUCUAAUUAAUCAUCAUUGCUUUUGAAAUAGAUGGUAAAAACAUCAGUGGAUAUAAAGCAUACAUGUGAACUUUUUUUUAAAGAUUUAGUCAGAGAUUUUUCUUCACAAAGAGCAAUAAACAAAGAAGAAAGUUCUGAUAUUAAAAAAGAGGGAGAUUUCUUUAAUUUGAGAAAAUACCGGUACCCCUUAUUUUAAGAAAAAUCUUUGAAAAUAUGGCUGCAGAAAGUGGGAGUCUCCCGCUAAAAGUGGGAGAGUUCACAUGUAUAAUAAAGGAAACAAUUUUGUCAUAAAUACAUCUGGUAAACCAUCUUGUUAUCUUUCUAUUUGAUAGAUUAGGUAUAUAAUUUGUUGUAAUGAUUGUGUCAUAAUUCUGGAACUAUUUCAUCAUGCCUAGGCUUUAAACUAGAUAUUGCCUGUGGCAUUUUAAUCUUUUAUACCAUGCAUGAUAAAUUGAUAUAUUUAGUAUGUAUGGAAUAAUAAAAAUAUCUUGAUGGAGCAAUAGAGGAAUCCUUUCCUGGUACAUUAGUACUAGAAGAUCUCUCGAAAUAAAGGAAUUGUUUGUUGCUCCCUCAGGAUACACGGUUCUGACACAUGUCUGUAUAUUACAUUUACUUACCUGCAAUAAUCUAUAUCUGUACUUUAUAAUGCAAAAUAGAAAAAAUCUUUGAGAAGAAUUUGAAAAUUUCAAGAACAAUAUUUUUGCAUCUGAUACACAUCUUAUGUAACUCACUUUAAAUAACUAUCUAGUUUCAUUCAAAUGUUUGAUAAUGGUAUUGUUGGUACUAAAGUUUAUGCAACUAAACUCUUGAUAUUUUCUAUAUUUAGUUAUUUAAGUAUAACCUUAAUGUACUAACAUUCAGGCUGCCAUUGAUAGAAAAAAAAUUAUUUAUAUAUCCAAAGCUGAAAUUUGAUGAAAUAUCAAAUUCAAUAGCUUGAACAUUUGAAUAUAUACUAUAAACUGUUAA